AUGGCGUUCUCCAUAUCCCCUUACGUCUGCUCCAAGUGCAGAUGUUUAACCUCGAGCACCUGGUCGCGAGUGCACCCAUCGCGCCCGUUCUCCACCACCCACCGUCGGAAGCACCAGCACCAGCAAAUCCUACGACCCGCGACCGCGCCCAAAGCCACUCCAGAUGUCAAGCAUAUCCGCCAACAUGCCGAAAUCUACGCCCAGAACUGUAUCGAUCGAAACUACGCCGCUCAUGCAGAAUAUCCCUCGAGGAUACAGAAACUGGCGGACGAGGCGCGAACACUCGACCACGACCUCAAGUCACCGCGCUCGCAGAUCAAGCAGCUCGAAAAGACCAUUGCAAAGCUCUCGAUCGCGGCGCGACAAGCACAGUCUGGAAGCAGUGACGCGAACUCCAGUACCGGAGCAGAACUCGAAAGGUUGAAGGCAGAGGCACAACGUCUCAAGGAUGAGUCGCAAGCGAUGACGGUCCGGAAAGCCGACUGCAUGGAGGAACUCAAUCGACUUGCGCUUGCUCUACCGAACUUGUCCUCCUCGCAGACCCCGAUUGGCGACGACCCACGUCUUGUGCACUACCUCAACUUUGAUCCCAAGGGCAAUCCCCCGGCGUGGACGCAGCAGUCUUCCACGGAGAUCCAAACGCGAUCACACGUCACGAUCGGUACUGAGCUCGGUCUGCUGGAUUUCACCAGCUCCGCGACCACAACCGGAUGGGGCUGGUACUUUCUCAUCAACGAGGGCGCAAUGCUCGAACAAGCUCUGAUUCAAUACGCACUGAGCGUGGCCCGUCGACGCGGCUGGAAGACCGUCGCCCCUCCCUCCAUUGUCUACUCCUACAUCGCCGAGGCAUGUGGCUUCCAGCCCCGAGAUCAACACAACGAGCAACAAAUCUGGUCCAUUGAGCAAAAUGAACGAGACCGCGACUCCAAACCCCCUCGCUCCCUAACCGGUACGGCCGAGAUCCCACUCGCAGCCAUGUACGCCGGCCGUGACAUCAACGCCUCGGACUUACCCAUCAAACUCGUCGGCGUAAGCCGCUGCUACCGUGCUGAAGCAGGCUCGCGCGGCGUCGACACCAAGGGCCUCUACCGCGUUCACGAGUUCACCAAAGUGGAAUUGUUCGCCUGGACAGACAAUCUACCUCUGGAUGCCACCGAUUCAAGCGCAAAGGACACCUCCACCCCCACCCCUACCUCCGACACCCUAUUCGCAGAGCUCCUCGACAUUCAAACCGAGAUCCUGACCUCCCUGGGUCUACCCUGUCGCGUGCUGGAAAUGCCGACCGGCGAUCUCGGCGCCAGCGCCACUCGCAAGCGUGACAUCGAAGCACUCUUCCCCUCCCGGUACAGACCAUCCGCCGACUCUACCAGCGUCGUGGACCCCUCGGCGUCGCAACUUGAAUCGGCCUGGGGAGAAGUCACUUCCGCUUCUAUCUGCACUGAUUACCAGAGUCGACGACUCGGCACGCGAGUGCGUGGCGGCGAGAUCAAGGAGUCGCGGUUCCCACAUACCGUAAAUGGUACUGCCAUGGCUGUGCCGCGUAUCAUUGCGGCCAUCCUGGAAAACGGCUGGGAUGCAGAUCGUGGUGUUGUCGUUUUACCAGAGGUGCUGAGGCCUUGGAUGGAUGGGAUGGAGUCAAUUGGCUCUCGGAAAUAG